UUGUGCAAUAUAAUAAGAUUUGACUUAUCAUACAUACAUAUCAUACAUAGUUAAUUAACAUAGUGUGCAUACGGACGGACGUUUCACGAAAGCUCCAGGUGACCGGAUAACUAUUACCCGCUUCCUGUACGCAGCAGGGACAGAUAAAGAGAAGCGACGCAACGAAAUAUUUCGCAGCGCAAGAACCGAGAGUUCCAAGGCAACGUUUCGAAAGCUAUUAUCCUCUAACCGUAAGAGACCAGAGAGGACGGACCCUUUCGUGUGACGUAACCCUAUUCUGUUCCAUUUAAGUUAGCUCUUGGGUUCCACGGUUUCGACGUGCUCAUCCUAACAACGUGCCCAGAAGAUCGCCGUUCUGAGAUUCACAACAUACGCGUAUAACGGUAUAAAUUUGAUAUAAAAAUGGCAAAAAAAAUAUUUGAACCUUUACUUCAAUUAUGGCCUCAGUGGUUCGCAACUCUAACAGUGGCCUUGUUGACCUUCAAUAUUGGUCUCGCAAACGGUUGGACUUCGCCUUACUUGGCGCAACUGACCGACGAAAAUGCGCUGUUUCACGUAACAGAUGAAGAAGCGUCUUGGAUAGCCUCUCUAUUACCACUCGGGCGCCUCUUAGGCGCCGUCUUUGGACCUCUCAUUUUAGAAUGUAUAGGCAGCAAGAUGUCUAUCCUGUCAACAGGAUUACCGAUGGUCGUCAGCUGGAUUUGCAUAAUAUUCGCGACUUCCUCUACGUGGUUGUACAUUUCAAGAAUACUUUCAGGUACAGCAAUGGGAAUGAUAGUCAGCAGUUAUCCGCUUUAUAUCGGUGAAAUUUCGGCGCCAUCAAUCCGCGGCGCCUUGGUAUGUCUGAUUAUGAACGGAUUUCCCGUAGGCAUAUUCUUUGGUAAUAUAAUGGGUCCCAAUAUGUCAAUGAUGAAUUUCAGUAUCAUUAGCUUGGUAAUGAUGCUAUGCCACAUGGUUAUUUUUCCAUUCCUGCCACAGUCGCCAUAUUAUUACGUACAACACAAUGACACUAAGAGAGCGGAACAAGCUAUUCGAUGGUAUUAUCGAAAACCUGAUAUAAAAAACGAAAUAGAAGCCGUGGAACUUUUCGUAAAAUCAACACGUACAAUGAACAUAAGAGAACGAUUGUAUCAGAUGAAAGAGCCGAAGAAUCGACGCUCUUUCAUAAUGAUAAUAAUACUUUUCAUGUUUAUGCAAAUGAGUGGAUUAAAUACUAUUGUAUUUUACAUGGAAAUUAUCCUAAAGAAGGGAAAGGUGACAUCAAUCAUGCCUUCAACUGUAGUGAUCGUCAUCGGUGCAGUCAGUAUAAUUAUUGGCUGGUCGAGCAUAUUUGCCAUCGAUCAUUACGGUCGCAGAAUCCUAUUAGCAAUCUCAUCUUUGGGCGUAAUGAUUGGCACAGUGUUGUUAGGUUUACAUUUCUUUUUGUUAGACUACGGCUACGAUCCCGGUAAUCUUGAAUGGUUGAUUAUUCUAUCGUUACUGUUGUUCAUGAUGAUGUACUUCGGACUCAUACCGGUACCUGUGACAACUCUAAGUGAGAUAUUUCCUUCUGAUCUGAAAAGCUUGGCUGGAUUCUUUGGAAGUAUUACGUCAGCAGCAUUCGCAUUCAUCGCCUCAAGAACAUAUCAGCCAUUGGUAGAUCUCAUUAGCGAAAAGUAUGUUUUUUGGAUGUAUGCAGUGAUCCUCAUGAUGAGCUUAAUAUAUGCACUUACUAUACUGCCAGAAACAAAAGGAAAAACGCUGCAGGAAAUUCAAGAUAUGAUGACUGCGAGAAGUACUAAAAGGUCACAACAAGAAACACGCGAAUGAAACUUAAACGUAGCAAAUUUUUUAAUUCUUCCAGAAUAAAAAGUAGUAAUUAAUUAAUGUAAUUAUGAGA